CCUUUUACCCAUGGCAUGAAUGCUUUAUACGCUUCCGAGCCAUUGAUGUCCUAAGAGAACACUCAUUGGAAUGAACGGGGCUCCCUGCUAUACGCUGUAUUCAGUUCUCUUAACUAUCUAUGCUUAAUACAUCCAUGCCUUUUAGCUACAAAUUCUUAAUACAGCCAUUCUUUUACAUCACAGUAACUAGCGGUAGCUGUGAAGUGGUGUCCUUUAUGCAGUUCUCUCUGCAGAGGAACUAAGAUUAACGGGUGUCUUAAAGUGCUCUAAAUAUGGCGACAAGUCGAACAAAUAGCGAAGCUGUUGUGAAGGUGGAUCUCGAGGCGGCUAUUCGACGAUCAUCACGAAUCGUCCUGACACCUACACGCUUCCAGUGCUCACCUGAAAUAGCUACUGCCAUCAAUAAAAAGUUUAAUGGCGGCAGGUCACAGGCUGCUGUAGAAAAAGGGAUGCCAGUUCGCAAAUCCCUUCGUAUCCAAAGCCUGACACUUCCUCCUAAACCCAGAGAGACGCAGGUCUGCGGACAGCCACACAAGAAGCCUCCUGGCCCUCUGCUCAUGGAGCCAGUCAACAUGAAGGAGGCCAAGCUACCUUCACAACUUCUCGAGCUCUUCUCCGAGGUCUCAACAGAAGAUCGAAAGAUGGAGCUUAAUCUGAAAGAGUACCACUCAGCACUUAAGAACAUGAAGAUAACUGAGGAGUGGCCAAAAGUGGUGUUGAAGAAACACAUUGUCUCUGCUGCCUUCCACCCAUGCACCAGCAGCCUGUUAAUGGCCACAGGAAACCUAUUGGGGAAUGUUGGACUCUGGAAGUUGGGUAGUGUUUGCUGCAUGGAUGUAGAAAAGGCGGUCUUUGAUGAUUACUCGCAACCUGUCUUAUCACUCUUCAUUUUCAGGAAAAAAAUGCGAACGGUCAGCUGCAAGAUCACACUAUCAGUCGUGUGGGACCCCAAACAGGAAGACUGUUUAGUGAUGGGGAGCAAGUCAAAGACUCACAGUAUGAUGGGGUUUCAUGAAAGUGGCCGACCCCAGCACUCCUUCAUAGAUUAUGAUAACGUUACCUCAGAGCUGUCCGUGACUGCUUUUCACCCCGCAAGGAAUGCUUUGCUGGGCGGCAGUGUGUCAGCACAACCGCAUGUCUUUUCACACUGAGAUGAAGACUAAUGUGACCAAGAUCCCUGGUUGCCUUCAGUUGGGUAGGACAGACAAGUAAGGAAAUAGUUUUGCUACGAUCAAAGUUUACAACUCGUACAGUGUAGAUGGCCAGUUGGAAAUUAUUGUAAAUGCACUGUAGGCAGCAGAUGAAUCACCUGACUUUAUCUCUGCUGCUUGCUUUUCUGUCCUCAGAUUUGCAAUUAUUGACUCAAAAUGUGUUAAGUUAUACAUUUCUAAAAUACAUUCCCUGUUGUAAAAUUGAUUGUUUAAUGCAUGUUUUUUUUUAGUAGCUGCUGAAGCAAAUUUUUUUUAAAAGAUUUUUAUAGCUAACUUUUUGAGUGUGCAUGCUAUUAUUCUUGAUAGUAUCAUUGUCACCUUUAGAUGGCAGCAUUGUGACAAAAAAUAGUUUCUGCUGUGACUUUAUUUUCAAGCAAGGACAUGCU